UGUUCCGCCAGCCGCGGCCCUCUGGAGAGCGGGCGAUGCCGCAGCUGACCCUGGCCGGUGUCACCGUGGACUUCCCCUUCCCGCCGUACAGGUGCCAGGAGGACUACAUGGCCAAGGUCCUGCAGUGCCUGCAGCAGAAAGUCAAUGGAGUGCUGGAGAGCCCCACGGGCACGGGGAAGACCCUGUGCCUGCUCUGUGCCACGCUGGCCUGGCGGGCGCACCUGCGAGAGGCCAUCUUCACCCGGAAAGACCCCCUCCUCCCGCACACCUCGUCCUCCUGGGGCCACACUGCUGUCCACGGAGAAACCACAGCUGGCUAUGCGGACAUCCCAAAGAUCAUCUACACGUCCAGGACCCAUGCACAGCUCACGCAAGCCGUCCGCGAGCUCCGCAACACCGCCUACCGGCCCAGGGUGUGUGUGCUGGGCUCCCGGGAGCAGCUGUGCAUCCACCCGGAGGUGAAGAAGCAGGAGAGUAGCCACAUGCAGAUCCACCUGUGCCGCAGGAAGGUGGCCAGCCGCUCCUGCCACUUUUACAACAACGUGGAAGAGAAGAGCCUGGAGCAGGAGCUGGCCACGCCCAUCCUGGACAUCGAGGACCUGGUCAGGAGUGGGAGCCGGCACAAGCUGUGCCCGUACUAUCUCUCUCGGAACCUGAGGCAGCAGGCCGACGUCAUUUUCAUGCCUUACAACUACCUGCUGGACGCCAAGAGUCGCCGGGCACACGGCAUUGACCUGCAGGGGACGGUCGUGAUCUUUGACGAAGCCCACAAUGUGGAGAGGAUGUGCGAGGAGGCCGCGUCCUUCGACCUGACCCCGCAUGAUGUGGCCUCCGGGCUGGAGAUUCUAGGGCAGGUCUUGGAGGAGCAGACCAAGGUUGUGGCGCAGGGCGCCCCUGGCCUGGAGUUCGGCGCCGACUCCCCCGACGCAGGGCUGACCUUGCAGCUGGAAGAUCUUGCCAAGCUCAAGGCCAUCCUGCUGCGCCUGGAGGCCGCCAUCGACGCCAUCGAGCUGCCCGGGGACAGCGGGGUCACCAAGCCGGGCAGCUACAUCUUCGAGCUGUUCGCCGAAGCGCAGAUAACGUUUCAGACCAAGGCCUGCCUCUUGGAUUCCCUGGACCAGAUCAUCCAGCACCUGGCCGGCCGCGCUGGGCUGCUGGCCAGCACGGCGGGGCUGCAGAAGCUGGCAGACAUCAUCCAGGUCGUGUUCAGCGCCGACUCUGCCGAGGACGGUGAGCUGGGCGUCUCCCGCUGCUACAAGGUGCACAUCCAUCCCGACCCUGGGCCCCGCAGGACAGCCCAGCGUGCAGACGCCUGGAGCGCCACAGUGGCCAGAAAACCAGGGAAGGUGCUGAGCUACUGGUGCUUCAGCCCCGGCCUCGGCAUGCGCCAGCUGCUCCGCCAGGGCGUGCGCAGCCUCAUCCUCACCAGUGGCACGCUGGCCCCCCUGUCCUCCUACACCCUGGAGAUGCAGAUCCCCUUCCCAGUAACCCUGGAGAACCCCCACGUCAUCGACCCGCAUCAGAUCUGGGUGGGGGUCGUCCCCCAAGGCCCUGACGGUGCCCAGCUGAGCUCAGCCUUUGACAAACGGUUCUCCGAGGCCUGCCUGUCCUCGCUGGGGAAGGCGCUGGGCAACAUCGCCCGUGUGGUCCCCCAUGGGCUCCUGGUCUUCUUCCCUUCCUACCCCGUCAUGGAGAAAAGUCUGCAGUUCUGGCAGGCCCGCGACGUUGCCCGGAAGCUGGAGGCGCUGAAGCCUCUGUUUGUGGAGCCCAGGAGCAAAGGUGGCUUUUCUGAGGUCACCAGCGCCUACUAUGCACAAGUUGCCGCCCCGGGGUCCAGUGGGGCUGCCUUGCUGGCCGUGUGCCGGGGGAAGGCCAGCGAGGGCCUGGACUUCGCGGACAACAAUGGCCGGGGCGUGGUCAUCACAGGCCUCCCCUACCCCCCACGCAUGGACCCCCGCGUGGUCCUCAAGAUGCAGUUCCUGGAUGAGAUGAAGAGUGGAGCUGGGGGCCAGGGCCUCUCGGGGCAGGACUGGUACCGGCAGCAGGCGUCCCGGGCGGUGAACCAGGCCAUCGGGCGGGUCAUCCGGCACCGGCACGACUACGGGGCCGUCUUCCUCUGUGACCACAGGUUCGCCCACCCAGACGCCCGAGCCCAGCUGCCCGCCUGGGUGCGCCCCCACGUCCGGGUGUACGCCGGCUUCGGCCAUGUGGUCCGGGACGCCGCUCGCUUCUUCCGUGCGGCCCAGAAGAUGAUGCCCAUGCCGGGCCCCCAAGCUGCUGCCCCGAGUCUGGGUGAGGGCGAAGACCCCGGCGCCGUGGCCUCCGUGCCCGGUCCCCUGUCCACCAGGAAGGCCAGGAGCCUGGACCUGCACGUGCCCAGCCUGCGGCAAGGGCGCACAGGGCCACCCGACCCGGCCUCUGGGGACGCCGAGGGCAGCCUGUGCGUGGAGUAUGCGUGGGAGCCGGUCCGAGCCCCAAGGAGACCUGCGGGGCUGCUGGCCGCCCUGGACCACAGCGAGCAGCAGGCGGGGGGCCUGGGGGACGAGGCCCCGCCCCAGGAGGAGCGUGUGAAGAGGCCCGCGGAGGAGCUGCGAGGCGGGAGGAAGAGGAUCAGGCUGGUCAGCGGCCUGGGGGGGCCCUCGGCCGGCGCGCAGCAGGACAGGGCCAAGCUGUUCAUGGUGGCCGUGAAGCAAGCCCUGAGCCAGGCCAGCUUCGACACCUUCGCACGCGCUCUGCAGGCCUACAAGGCCUCGGAUGACUUCGAGGCCCUGGUGGCCUGCCUCAGCUCCCUCUUUGCUGAGGACCCCAAGAAGCACAGCCUGCUGCAAGGCUUCUACCAGUUCGUGCGGCCUCACCACAAGCAGCGCUUCGAGGAGACCUGCCGCCAGCUGACUGGCCAGGGCUGCCGGACCGAGCCCCAGCGGGAUGGGCCGGGCCAGGCCGAAGGGGGCGCGGGCCCCAGGCUGACCGAGUCCCAGGGCACAGCCCAGCAGCUGGACCCCGGAGAGCACCUGAACCAGGGCCAACCCCACUUGCUCGCCAGGCCGCCCUGCGCAGGAGCCCCUGGGGCACAGCAGGGAGGCCAGGGCGCUGCCCGCACCUACCUGGCCGACGCUCGCCGCGCCCUGGGGGAGGCAGCCUGCGACCGGCUCCUGGCCGCCCUGAGGGCCUACAAGCAGGACGACGAUUACGACAAGGUGGUGGCCGUGGUGGCCGAGCUCACCACAGCCAGGCCGGAGGACUUACACCUGCUGCAGAGGUUCGCCAUGUUCGUGCGGCCCCACCACCGCCGGCGCUUCCUGCAGACGUGCGCGGACAUGGCCGGCCUGCCCGCCCCGGGCCUGGGCUCCCCGCCGCCCGGGGCCCAGGAGGGGCGCCCCGCCUCGCCUCCCGACCCCGCCCGCGGCGCCCCCCCACGGGGCCUCGAGGACGUGCCCGGCCUGCCGCGCCGCCGCCCGGAAGCAGAGCCUGGCGCAGGUGUUCUGGCCCGAGACCGCACCCCCCGGGGCGGCGCCCCGCGGCGGCAGCGCGUCGAGACCCGCCUGAGGACCCUGGAAGCUGCCUGGGGCCGGGGUCGGGGCCCCGGGGUCCUGUUCCCCCGGGGGCGCCCGCCGCGGGCGGCCGCCCUAAUAAACCUGCGCGAGCGCCGCCGUGCGCCCCGCCCCGCUGCGCCCCGCGCCCCCCGCCGUGCCCCGGCCCGGGGACUGGUCCGAGGCGCCGCGCGCGCUGCAGCGGGGCCACGAGGCCGCGGAGAGGCGGGGGCCGGCGCUGCUCGGGGGCGGGCGGCCGCCGCCGGGCCCACCUACCCGUGGCGGGACGCGGAGACCCGCGAGCCGCUGCUGUGCGCCCGGGUGUGUCCGCCGGGCACCUUCGUGCAGCGGCCGUGCCCGCCGCCGCUACAGCGGUUCUGCCUCGCGGCCUGCGGGGAGCACGAGGAGGCGGCGCGGCCCUGCGCGCCCACCCGCAACCGCGCGUGCCGCUGCCGCCGGCUUCUUCGCGCGCGCCCUGCCCGCCCGGCGCCGGCGCGGCGGUCCCCGGUGGGUGCGGCGCGGGCUGAGGCUGGGGCCGGCCCUGCCCGCGGGGCACCUGCUCGGCCCGCAGCUCCAGCCUGGAGGCGCGCGGUCUGGCCCUCCGCGUGCCCGGCUCCCCGCCCGCGACGCGCUGUGCACCCGCUGCGCCGCCUUCCCGGCCCGCGCGCGGCCCAGUGCGCCCUCGGCCGGGCCCGGGGUCGAGGCGCUUGCGCUCCCCCCAAGGGUGGCGGGGUGGGCCGCGCGGCAGGGGAGGGGUGUCCCCCGGCGCGGGCGUCCGAGGAGUGCGAGCGCGCCCCGGUCGACUUCGUGGCGGUCCAGGACGUCUCCCGCAAGAGGCUCCGCGGCGGCAGCGGCCCCGGACGGCUCUCGCGGCUGCGCGAGGCCGGGGACGGGGCGCCGCCGGGCUCGGGGCUGGAGCGCAGCGUCCGCGCGCGCUUCCUGCAGGCGCGCUGA